AUGCUCCGCCGCCUGGGUCCGAUCACCUCUCCGAAGCGCAUCGGGUUCUGGGCGGUUCGGGCUCGACCGCUCCAAAUACGAUGCAACUCGACCACUACCUCGGCAGAGGCUAAGGAUUCGCCAAAACGCCGCAGCAGAAAGAAAACCACCACGAUUGACUUUGACGACCUCCCGGCAUUCAAGGUCGACGCGGAGGGUAACAGCGUCGGCCCGCUCGAGGACCUACUGGAGCUCGGGAAGGGUUACAGGCAAGUCACCUCUCGCUCCUCCAAGAGUGAGCUCAAGGAGCGGCACGACACGGCGGCGGCUGAGAAUGCCGAGUUUGCGCACGCGGUCAAGGCCGGCAAAGUCCCGGAUACAGCCCUCUCGCGGCUGGUGUACGAUAACUGGCGCCGAUUCCCAGACUGCAUCCUGCUCACGCAGGUCGGGAGUUUCUUCGAGUCAUAUUUUGAGCCUGCGAUUGAGGUUUCUGGUCUCCUCGGCACCAAGCUUACGAGCAAGACGUAUAAAUCCGGCACGUUCCCAUUUACGGGGUUUCCGAUACAUCAGAUCGACAAGUACCUCAAGCUCCUGGUGCAGGAUAUGGGGUAUACGGUCGUGCUGGUUGAGGAGGAGAAGGAUCCGCUGCAUCCUCAGCCGGUUGCUGAUAUUCGACGCAAGGUCGCGCGCGUGGUCACGCCCGGCACGCUGGUUGAUGAGAGCUGGUUGACGGGCCAUGAGAGUCGGUACCUCCUCGCCAUUGCUGAGGGCGAGGGAGAGGCGGUGGGGAAGAAACAGCUCGACGGAGAGGAGGAGGAGGGGACACCGCUGUACCUCGCGUACGCUGACGUGUCGACUGGCGAGUUCUUCACUAAAGCUGGGAGCACGACAGAUAUCGAGGACGAACUGGCGCGCCUCGCGCCGCGUGAAAUUGUGCUCGACGCCGCCCUACGACACGCAUGGCAGGCUGGGGAGGAGGGCCCCGGCGGGCUACUGGAACUCCUGCGCGUGUUGGGCGUACACGUCUCAUUUGCUGAAUCGAGGAUAGGCCAGGCAGGUCUUGAACGUACCGCCAUCACCCUACUUCGCCAUCACCUGGAAUAUGCGCUACGCGACCGCAUGCCCGCCAUGGACGAGGACGAGUUCAAUCGCGAAUCCCAGAGCACACAGAUGCACAUUGACGCGGCGACAUUGCAAGCCCUUGAGAUCCGGCAUGCUUUACGCCCCGGCGGGUUGGUGGGCAUGCACUCGUCCCCUCUCAGCGCCAAGGGUACGCUUCUGAGCGUGCUGUCGCGCACCGUGACCGACUCUGGACACCGGCUGCUCAAGCGUUCUCUUACCGCACCGUCCACUAGCCUCCCAGCUAUUAAUGCGCGGUUAUCCCUCGUGGCGGCUCUGCACGAGCGCGAGACACUACGCACCGACCUAAGGGACAGCCUUAGGACUUUGGGGGACGUCAUGCGUAUUGUGCAGCGAUUCCGCGCGUGGCGGGGUGAUGUGAGCGAUGUGUGGGACGUCGCGCGGUGGAUCAGGGGCGUGGAAAGGCUGCGGGACCGGAUCAGGGUGGAUAUCGGACUCGAAGGUCGGCGGCGGAAGGCUGGAGAGGUUAAGGGUGUGGAGGGUGUGGAGAGACUCCAGGCGCUCGUCGAUGCGUUUUCGCCGCUUCAAGACUUGGCGGCCGGGAUCGAGGGCGCGAUUGACGAGUCUCGCCUUCCCGGGCUGCAGGCGGAGGAACUGGGUGAUGAGGAUGAGGACGUGGCGCUGGAUAAACGCACACAAGCGCGCUGGUGGUUGCGGCCGAGCUUCUCGCUCGAGCUGAGUGAGCUGCAUAAACGCAUCAAGAGCCUGACGCGCAAGCGCGCGAAAUUGGAAUCUCGACUGCAAGACGAGUACGGCUCGUCACUGGCGCUGAGCAUAAGUGCGCGGUGGGGAUACGUUGUGACCGCCAAGCGGCGGGACAUUUUACCCAAGGAGCGCUUCCACGCAGUCACAGAGGCCAAGAGCACGCGCACGUACGCGUACAAUGAAUGGUCAAGCCUCGGUAACAAGUUGGACGAAGCGUACGUCGAGCUCGGGGUAGCCGAGGCGCGCGCGUUGAACCGGCUACGUGCAAUGGUCGUCGAGCGCGCAUCUACGAUCCAAGCCAACGCCGAACUCGUCGACGAGCUCGACCUGACUGCCGGGUUCGCGCAGGCUGCCCUCGACUUGAAUUACGUGCGGCCCGUCUUGGACGAGACCACGGACCUACAGAUCGUCAAUGGCCGCCACCCAAGUGUUGAGGCUGGCCUAUUAUCUCAAGCACGCGCAUUCACCCCCAAUUCGACGGUGAUGACUCGGAACAGUAAUAUGCACGUCAUCACCGGUCCGAACCAAGGAGGAAAAAGUACACUUCUCCGCCAAACUGCCGUGAUAGCCAUCUUGGCUCAAGCUGGCAGUUUUGUUCCAGCCGAUAAAGCACAGAUUGGUAUUGUGGAUAGGGUAUUUUCGCGCGUCGGGGCUCGAGAUGACCUGUUCCGCGAUCGGAGUACGUUCAUGCUCGAGAUGGUGGAAACGGCCACGAUUCUUCGUUCAGCUACACCACGGAGUUUGGUUAUCAUGGACGAGAUUGGGCGAGGCACGACACUUAAUGCGGGUAUGGCGAUUGCGUUUGCGACCCUCGAUUAUAUCCUCUCCAAUGUUGGGUGUCGGACACUUUUCGCAACGCAUUACCAUGAACUCGCGAGGAUGCUUGGUGCGGGAUCCGAGUUGAGGGACGGCGUCGCAUUCUUCUGCACCGACGUCCAGGAGGCGGGGGAGGGAUUCUCUUAUGCGUACAGGCUGCGGCCGGGGAUCAAUUACGACUCGCAUGCGAUCAUGGCGGCACAGAUUGCGGGUAUGCCCGAGGGGUUUCUCGACGUUGCGCGGAGGACGCUAGCGGGGUUGGAGGGCAAGGAGGUAGGGAGGGAGAGUGACGUGGUAGAAGACGUGGUGGAGGCUGAGCAAGCAAGAGGGUAA